UCAGACACGCGCGCUUGGGCUGUUUGGAUCCGAGUCUGUUUGCUGGCAUUUGCGCUCUUGCUGCUUUCUUUUUGUUUUUUACAACUUUUACAUAAACAGUAAGAAUGAAGGAGAGGAGAAACGCACAGCCGCUGGUGAUUAGAUGUAAGCUGGUUCUGGUUGGUGACGUGCAAUGCGGGAAAACAGCUAUGCUGCAGGUCCUGGCAAAAGACUGCUAUCCAGAGACGUAUGUGCCCACUGUGUUCGAGAACUACACAGCAUGCCUGGAGCUUGAAGAUCAGCGUGUGGAAUUGAGUUUGUGGGACACAUCAGGUUCUCCUUACUAUGACAAUGUGAGGCCACUUUGUUACAGCGACUCUGAUGCCGUGCUCCUGUGCUUCGACAUCAGCCGUCCAGACACUGUCGACAGUGGACUCAAGAAGUGGAAGACAGAGAUCAUGGACUUCUGCCCCAACACCCGCAUUCUGCUUGUCGGCUGCAAAACGGACCUGCGCACGGAUGUGUGUACACUGAUGGAACUCUCCAAUCAGAAACAAACACCCAUUACCCAAGAGCAGGGUUCAGCCAUGGCCAAGCAACUGGGGGCUGAGGCGUACCUAGAGUGCUCAGCCUUCACGUCAGAAAAGAGCAUCCACAGCAUUUUCCGCACUGCAGCUCUGGCCUGCAUCAACAAGCUUCAGCCGCUGGCCAAGUCUAGCCCCAAUCGGCGCCUCUCUAAACGCCUCCUCCACCUGCCCAGCCGCUCUGAGCUGCUCUCUUCCACCUUCAAGAAGGAGAAGGCCAAGAGCUGCUCAGUCAUGUGAGCAGCGGGGUUGCUCUCCUCACCCCGCAAGCUUUUCCCUCCCCCCGUGCUUUAGUCCGGGGAAGGGGGGUGGGUUUUCCGAUGUCCUCAUCGCGAAGGCUUCGUCUGGGAAUCCUUCCUCACCCCCCGACAAAAUGCAUUUCAGAACAAGUGGACACUUUGCUGUCCGCUUUGUCCUGAUCUCUACACCAGUGCAUACCUGUCUUACACAGUACAGUAUCUUGCUUUUCUCGAUCGAGGUUUGAUCAUCAACCGUCAUUUCUUCAUCCUUUACUGUUAAGAGAAUUUGUGGUCCGACUUAGUAAAUAAGGAACCAGUGUUCAGCAUAUGAGGUUCGGUAACAUGACAUAAAUGUGACAAAAACGCAUUAUUGGCUCUUGAGUGUCAACUAUAUCUGAUAUUCUUAAAAAUUUUAAAAAAAAAAAAAAAAA